AUGGAGGGAGAAAGAAGGAAGAGGAAGAUGGAUAGCGAAGUAGAGAAUGAAGAAGAGAAGACGGAGAAGUUCUUCGCAUUGAUCAGAAGCACACGAGAAUUGCGGGAACUUAUGACCGGCAGGGUUGAUCAAACAAAGGAGGCAGACAAGAAGGCCACCGAAGAGAAGGCGGUUGAGGUUUGGACGCCGUCAUUCCGACCGGAAGAUUUCAUGGAGGAAGCUCCGUCCAAAAGUCCUCAAAUCGACAUAGCAAGUGCUUCUGAGACACAGGAUAAAACUAAAGAAGAUGGAGGUGAUGGCUUGGACCUCAAGCUUGCUCUGUAG